AUGCCUGCCCCUAUUUCCGAGGAUAUGCAGCCGGAACUCCAUCUGAAUCAGCUCGAAGCCGUGGGCAAAGCCUUCGAUGCCCUACUACUAACCCUGUACCGGCUUACCAACAGACACAAUGAACUCAAGCAAUACACCGAGGAUAUUUUCAAACAGUACACCAAUGUCACCAGACAGCUGCCUCCUCAAGAUAGACCUCAUGCAAUGGAGGUCCAGCAAAGGUUAUUGGAUCAACAGAAAGAAUUGUGUCUAGGCCUUGUGCACAACAAACCUCGAAUCGAAGAGCAAUCGCUGAAUUCCAUGCAUGUAAUCAAGACCCUCGUUUCACACCAAAAUGUAGACGAAAAUGCCACUCGAGCCAUCGUGGCCGGGGUUAAGGGCUAUAAGGCCCUACUUCGUACCCAGGACGGUCUUUCCCAAAUGUCCUCCACCAAUUCAUGCAUGUUUGUGCGUGGCCCAGACCCUGUGUACCUGGAGGAAGACUUCACCACCAAUGGUGCCCAGGGUAGUUUGCACUGUCCAUUUUCCAAACCUAAGACACCCUCAGGAAGUGAGGCACUGAAUGGGACGAAUGAUGGCCCCAAAAUCCAAGUUGAUACAUGCGGCCACGAGAAUUUGGACCCUAUCAAGGCCGAACAGGAUGAGCGACGGUCCAGCACGACGCCAUCCGUCCGGACCUCCGGAAGUCGAUGCCCUGUCUCCCGAUGCCCGAUUCGGUACCUGGAUAAACAUUCUCCGGAAGAAAUUGCUGAGUAUGUGGAAAGACAUAAGCAUGAAAUCCCCCGAAGUCAUGCUAUCUGUGUGAAGCGAUAUCAGAGAGACCCUCAAAACAUGCGACAACUGGAUGCGAAAUAUGGCGGGUUGAUCAAUAUGAUCAGUGGUCUCUCGGCGAAGCACCAAGCUUUCCUGCCAGGCCGACAGGGAAAUGGUGAUGGUGAUGGUCAGACCACAUCUGUAUCCACCGAGAGAGUUGAGAAAUGGGCCGAGAACGUGGAUCCAGCUAAUCCUGGACCUCCACCAGAUGAGGAUGAAAAUCGCAAUGAAGAUGAAGGAAGUACUAGUAGAGACGGUCGCUUUGAGCGCCCUCUCCGCGAGGUUCGUCUGGGUGAAUCCCCAAGUCGACCUUGGGGCAUUCAUGUGCCCAUCACCCAGCAAACCAAUGCCUCAGUACCAUUUUCAGGAUUGGUACCUGGUCCCAUGUCUCCUGAAUCUCAUGUCGGACCCCAUGAGACACCGCCUACUGAUAUCCCGGCCAAGCCGGCCGGUCGCUGUCCAUUUGGACAUGGCGCCCCUAAGCCAGAAGCAGCUGAACCUGUUUCCGCAGCUCCUCCCCCUGCUGCCAUUGCUCCUGAACCCGAGCGACCGACAUCGCCCUUGGCUAAUUGGGCCAAACAUGCCCAGGCUGCUACAGCGGAUGCAGACGCCCAGAAAAUCGAAGACACUACUGCAAAAGCAGACGCCAUCCCCACGCCAUCCCACAUUACGUUCAAUGGUCCGGUGUUCUUCGGGUACUCUGCCGAGCAGACAGCCAGCUUGAUGCAGCAGCUGCGUAAGAUGGGGGCACAAUUUUAA